UGACAGGAGGAAGGUCCUUCAGGCCACUAGCUGUAGCCUCUUCUGCGGGGCGGGCAGGUAAUGACGGGCACGGCGCUCUGCUGCCACCAUGGUCUUCACUGCCGCCAACCAGCCCCAGCUCAUCCGCAGCUGCCAGAAGGACGAGCAGUUCCAGGGCAGCCUGAGAGGCCGGGCACAUGAGGCCUUCCAGGCGUUCACAGGUGUCAAAAAAUGGCUGCAGUGGAGAAAAGAAAUAGAACUCUUAUGCGAUCUCACGUACUACACACUGACUACAUUUUCAGGUUACCAGACUCUCGGGGAGGAGUAUGUUAAUAUUGUGCAAGUUGACUCUUCUAAGCGGAAAGUGCCAUCCUUCCUGCAGCGCACUUUACUCAUCUGCUGUCACACCCUUUUCCCUUACCUACUGGAUAAGGAGCUGGUGCGCCUGGAGCAUGAACUCCAGAUAGAAGCAGAUGGAGCCCGGGUACCGCACAGCAUCUUGUCUUCUGGAUCCCAUCACCGCUCAUUGAUGUGGAAGUGGAUUCACAGAAAGAUAGCUGCCCUCUCCGACCAUCAGAGAAAGACAUUGGUAAAGAGUGUGUAUAUCUUCCGACAGAGUAUUACCUUCCUCCGGAGGUUUCAUCUAGCCAUAUUCUACGUGCGCGGAGCGUUCUACCAUAUUGCCAAAAGGAUAACUGGUAUCACCUAUCUCCGUGUGCGUGCAUCCCCGCGGGAUGAUGCUGUUGUGCGUAAGAGUUACACUGUCCUUGGUGCAGUGUCUUUGGUUCAUCUCCUGUUGCUGGUCUUCCUUCACCUACGGAGCGUUCAGCAGAAACAAGAGGCACAGCAGAAGUUUAAACUCUAUCGAAGGAUGUCUUACCAGAGAGCACCACCACAUGAGAAGUCUUACCAGCGGCCUUCAAAAUGCACCUUAUGCUUAGAACACAGGCGGCACAGCACGGCAACCCCUUGUGGACACCUCUUCUGCUGGGAGUGCAUCACCGAGUGGUGUAAUAAUAAGGCUGAAUGCCCAUUAUGUCGGGAGAAAUUUCCUUCACAGAAACUGGUCUACUUGAGGCACUACCGAUGAGCUUCCCAAAUGCUUCCUCCGCCUCAAGGGCUUCACCAGACAUCGUCUUAAUCAGCUGCUUAACUCCUCACAUUUAGGGUUCAGGUUUUGUAACCCAUUAUCUGAAAGUACAACUACUCCAGGCCAAACUAACAGUCUGAGGUUUACAGAGUACAGUAUUAUGAUGCAUAUAUUAUCAGAUAUGAAAAAUUUAUAAUUUGUAGAAGACUUGCAUUAGUGUCUUUCUAACCAUGAAGCAGAAAUGACCAGUUUGUGAUUUUUGUAGAACUUCGGAUGGUCAUUGUAGCAGCAGCUGUAUAAUCUUUACUGUCUACUGAGCUCUGUCGCCACCUGCUGGCUGCUAGCAUUAUGGUUUAUCUGCUUCUUUACAUGUAAUGUCAGGAGUUGGCUGGUAAUACACAAGUAGGAUUUUUAGUCUGACCCUCAUGGGGCAACGUAGCAGCAUAAAAUCAGUAGGGAGGUGACUCCCAUUAUUCCCUAUUGGGGGGAUGUAACUGGCCUCAAGAGAACCUGAAAAAAAAAAUAAUGUAAGUGCUUUGCAGUCAUGUGUGUUUUUAUGGGCUUGUGAUUAUGUUUUGUGUGUCUUACAACCUGAGUCAUAAGAUGCCAUUCUAAGCACAUGAUCACAUCUGAUACCCUAGAGCUAUUGUCAGACAGUGCUCCUGGUGAGAAUCUAAAUCAUAGACUGGAAGGAAAAACAGAUCUGAUACUUUUCCCACCCAGAAUACUUAAAUGAAGAUGCAUUGGUCAAAGGAAUAAAAUGUGUUUACCAUUUUUAAACACAUUUGCCUUGCUAUAAAUUUAUAAUGGAGGAUCAGUAAUUAGUUCCAAAGCCCCAAAAUGUCAUCCCAAAACAAGAAAAAGUGAAGUUUUAAGAAAAAUAAGCAGAUGCCCAAGACAGAUGGAGAAAGUCCUUACAUAAAACCGACAGGAAUAGAUUCUGAAAGCUGGAAGUCACUUUCUAUGGUGAGGACAGGAGCUUCUUCAGGGUCUUGCACAGUACAUACAUGUACCAGAAAAAUAAAAUGAUGCCGCAGCUCAUCCCAGCACAGACAGGGGGCAGUACAGUACAUAUAGUACCACGGAGGAGCUACUAGAGACCCAUACAGGUGUUUUACCAGAGAAAUGGUCAUGUUGGCUCUGGGUUGAGUCUAGUUACAAUGAUGCAGAAAAGACAUAUUGAAAAUAUUAUAUCCUGGGACCAUUGUAUCCCGGUUGUAGAUGCCACAACCUCUGUCUCUUAAUCUGUUCGAUUUAAUAUAUAAAAAUCUAGGCAGACAAAAGGUCGUGUUCACACUGGACAUCGGCCCACAUUUGUGGUGCACCUGAAAUAUGAAAAAUGUGGUGGAUCUUAUUUUGGACAUGGUUAUGAAGCAAGUAAGCCAAAAAAGAAUAAUCCAUUGGACCUUGUGCACCAAUGGGGUGGGGGGUACCUAAAAAAAAUUCCAUUUUGGCACUAAAUUCUGACGCAAACUGAGGUGGUAUAGAAUUAGACUAGACUGCCUAAAGUUGCACCAGGUUUAUCUUCCAGCCACUUUAAUCUUUUGUCGGAUCUUUGGAUUUCCUAUGUUAACACGGUCUACAUUUUAGACAAGAUUAGUAAAUCUUAAAGGCCAUCUGUCAGCAGAUUUGUCCCUAUGACACUGGCUGACCUGUUACAUGUGCGCUUGGCAGCUGAAGACAUCUGUGAUGGUCACAUGGUCAUAUGUGCCAAAUGAACCUCUAGGAGCAAUGGGGGCGUUGCCAUUACUCCUAGAGGCUCUGCUCUCUCUGCAACUGCUGUGCCCUCUGCACUAGUAUGAAUGUGAUCAUGCCUGGCUCUGUCAAUCAAAGAGGAGAUGGUGUGGUAGUUCCAGAGAGAGCUGAGAUUUUAGGUGUAACUGCACCGCCCCCGUUGCUCCUAGAGGCUCAUUUGCAUAUAUUAAAACAUCACUUUUCUCAGCAAUGUGGACACAUAUGAACAUGGGACUCACAGAAGCCUUCCGCUGCCAAGCGCACAUGUAACGGGUCAGCCAGUGUCAUAGGGACAAAUCUGCUGACAGAUGGCCUUAAGUGUUUUACCGUAGUGAGUGGGGAUUGACAGAAUUGAUAUGGUUGGGGCUGCAUUAAUUAGGAUCAGUGUCACGCGGAUCCCCAAUAUAAACAGGUGCAUUGUCCAUAUAAAUAAAUUUUAAAAAAAUUGAGAAUCGGCAUGCAUUGUCAAGUUUUCCCUUGCAUUAAAAAUUAAAAAAAUAAAAUAAAGGCAAGAAGAUCUACUUGCAAGAAUCCUGUGGGUCUUUGUACAUAAGCAUCAUUUUUCAUACAUCACCUCUGCAUUCAGGAAAGUUCGCAUUGUGUUCUAUAUCAUAAGUUUUUCACGCAGCCCUGGCUCCAUAGAUGCAAUCCGGAAACUAUGCAUUUUUUGCUGAUAGUUGCUAGGAGAUGUAGAUUAUUCACAUGCUUGAAAAACGCAUAUAGGGUAAUCGUUGUACGCAAACGCCUAAAAAGAUGAUUGAACUUGCCUGCAAGUCCAUCGGUUUUUCCCUGCACAGAUCCUGACACAAUCCGGAUCGCUCAUGUGAAAGGGGCCUAAUUGUGAGUAGAACCCCACUCAGGACCCAGCAGCGGUGAUACUGUUCCUCCUGCACACCAUAUUGAGACAACCUGCACAAAAAAACGUCUGUGCAGGAGGCCCAACCAAUCACAUCCUAGAUAUUGAUUUCAAAGAAAAUGUUUUUGAAAACCUCACAUUUCAUAAUAUUAAUAAUGACAUUUUUGGGGCUUUUAUUAUUGAAAGAUCCCUGAUGCAAUCUGUUGGGCAAAUGAGGGGAAAUGGUCUGUGUGUGCAGUGGAUGAGGUCUCUCUCCCCCCCCCCCCCCCCCCCCCAGUUCCGAUUUAAAGGGGUUCUCCGUUUGGGACAAUUACUAUUUGUUACAAUGAUCCCAUGACAAUAAGUUUAUCAUAAAGUGACCUCCUGCUUGGAUACCAUCAAUCAGCUGUAACCACUGGGGAAAACUAAGACACACAGUGCCCAUUCAAAUGUGUAGGUUCUGUGUGUUGUACAGGACAGGUCCACUAGAUCAAGAAAAGCUUUGUCAUAAUUUUCAACACUGGCCAAGAGAUAAGGAUCCUGGACAGAUCUGUUAACUCAGAAUACCCUAUUGGGUAUAUGAACAUGGGUUUUCUAAAUUAGAAAAAUGAACUUGAACAUCUCAGCCUUUACUUCCCACUUUUGAGUUCUGGUUGACCUGUGCGAAACCGUCCUAAAGAGCCCAGAGAAUCUUCUGUUUGACUGUAUUUCUAAUUUAUAAACUUUUCGGUGAGAUUUAUUUCAGUAAUUGUUUUGUAUAAAUAAAAUUGUAAUAUUUAAUUGAAUUAAUAAUGUUUGAAUAAAUCUAGUUUGUAAUUGGAA